AUGCUAAAUGGAACUCGGCUGCUUCUGAAAGCACGCUUCGGAGUGUUUCUGGCAGAUUUCGAAGCUCACGUGAACGCGUUCAGUUUCAAGGGUGCCGCUGGUAGCGUGCCUUGCCCGAGGUGUCGGAAUGUCGUGGGCAGGUGCGAGCAUUUCGACGACUCCCCCGACGUGCUUCAUAUCUGGAGCCCCUCUUACGAGAAGAUUCAACCCAGGACGAACGCUGAGCUAAAGGAUAUCGUGGAUCAUUUGUCGGGCCUCGCUGCAGCGGGGGCCAAUGCGGAGCUCAAGCUCGAUUCGCAACACCUCGGCGUUAGGUAUGACCCCGACGCGCUGCUGUGGGACAGAGAAUUGAUAGAGAUCACCAAACCUCCAUCAUGCCUGUACCUGGAUUGGAUGCAUUGCCUCGCCGCCUCAGGGGGCAUUGGCCAGUUCGUGCUCAACCGCGUGCUCAGGGCGCUGCUUGAGGCGAGCGCUGAGUUCACGUUGGAGGUCCUUGACGAAUGGGCAAAGUGUGCGAAGCUCCCUCGGUCGCACCAACAACUACCCAAGAUGUUCUUCCAGGAAAGGUACGUGAAAGGAGUGAACAAGCACAUCAGAGCAUUCGCAUCAGAAGUCCUCUCAGCAACAGUGGUGUUGACAAUGUUCAUGGAGGAGGUGGUCGAGGACGACGACGAGGUUUUGAGCGACCACCUUCUGAUUUUAAAAAUGCAGUGUGCGAUUUUCGAUGCGUUGGAGCGUGGCGACCCUGAGGACGCUAGGUCGACCAUUGAGGCAUAUUACGAGUAUGCCAAGCUUUAUGCACGAUUGUACCCAGAGUGUCGGAAACCGAAAUUGCAUUUUACGCUGCACGCGUUGCAAUCAUGGCUGGCCGGCCUGCGCGCGGCUCACGCGCCCGCGGCCCGGCCCCGCGCUGCGCUGGGGGCCCCGGGCAAAGAGCGCGCCGCCGCGGCGCGCGCGGCGUCCGCCGGCCGCGCUGCUGCGGACGCGGCUGCCACGCAGGCCAUCUGCGCGGCGCGGGCCGCUGCCCUGCGGCCGUCGUCGGCGCCGCCGGCUGCCGAGCGGCUGGCCGCGCUCCGGGCGAGGGAGCAUCACCGCGGCUCCGGGCCCCCCGCGCACCGCGCGCCGGGCUCUGCCGCCAGCCUCCUGCGCGACGCCGCGGGCUGGGCGGGUCACGCGCUGCAGGCCGCCCUCGGCGCGCACGGCGGCGGCCACUCGCGCGGCGCCGGCGGCCGCUCCAGCGGCGGCCACGCGGGGCACGGCAUGGCGAUGAGUUGCGGGCAGGGCGUGCCGUUCUGCGGCGUGCUGUCGCUGGAGAGCGGCCUGGGCCCGGGCAAGUACCUGCACGACGAGCCCGCCGUGCACGGCCUGUGGCCGCAGACGGACCACUUCGGCAGCUCCCAGUGCCGCCUGCCGUCCAGCAAGGCCCCACCGGAGCAGGUGCACGCCUGCUACCGCCAGGCGGGCCAGAGCCCCCAGGAGUUGUUGAGCUUUCAGCGCCACGAGUGGUCCAACCACGGCAUGUGCUCCGGCGCAGCCGACGAGGCCGACUAUUUCUCGCAGGUGUGCGAUCUUGCAGCCGCGCCGCUGUCUAUCAUGGCGGAGGUGAGGCGCCGCGGUGGGGGCCUGGACGCCAUGUCGGUGGGGCUGCAGGACGCUGGCUACGAGGUAUGGGGCCGCAGUGACGGGACCAGCGAGGUCCGCCUGUCUGCCUGCGCGGGCAGCGACGGGCGGUGGACCCUCGCGCCCGUCCGCGACUUCGCGCGGCGCUGCGGGGCGUCCAGUCUCCGCGGCGCUGGCGCGGCCGCGCCGGCGGGCUCCGCCGAGCGCCCUGCGGCUGCCGAGGGGGAGGCCCCUGCGACCAGUGGGGCCAUCGCGGCAGAGCCAGCGCGGCAUCUGGAGCAUCGUCCCGAGCCCGCGGCGCAGGAGGAGGCCUCGCCGCGCUGCGUGCUGGGCCGCAGGGGCCCGCCCUGCGCGGCCGACGACGCGUGCGCGGCCCUGGGGGGCUGCCUGCGCUGCGCGCGCUCCGGGCACUGCACGGCCGAGCCCCUGGGUCGCUGA